GUGCAGGAUUCGUCGGAUUUCCGCUGUCGGACACGCGAAGAAGAUCAGAGGGUGAAUCGUGAGAGGUUAGAUCUACCACUAGACCUACGUAGCCAGUAUAAUUUUUGUUCAUUCUGGUCCAAGAAUCGCUUGGGCUUGUGCACUGCUUGAAGAAGACUAACGUAGUAAUGAGUAGGUAAUAUUGCGGCUGUGAGACAACUCCCUAGGUUUAGUUGAGGACGGUACGUUCAAAUGGUGUUUAUCAUGCCCGAGCGGUGAGCACGUGCGAAAGGAUACUCUGUAAGCAGCGCGUGAGAUUAUCAAAAACUCAUCAAGAGAUACUAUACGCAAUGGCCAGCAACCAGAGCAUCCUGGGCAGAUUCUUCACACGGAACUCUUCUAGUGAAGAAUCCAGAAAAACAGAAUACGAUGGUCACCAACUGUCACUUCCAGCGCUUGUGUACCGGUGCGUGUCCUUCAACUUCCUGAAGAAGGUGAUAGACUCGGGUAUGAACAACGUGAAUGAAAGAGAUCAGUACCGUAACACCGCUCUGCACCAGGCGGUCAGGAGACAAGACAUCGAAGUCGUCAAACUGCUCCUGCAACAUGGCGCAGAUUGCUGUGCUGAGAACAGCGAGGGUGUCACACCUGUGAUGCUGGCUGUGCUCUUGCCCAGCCCGGUGUCGGCCGAUCGCUGCAAGAUGUUACGCACACUGCUGGACGGUAGCAAGGAGAUGUGCGAGGCACGAUUGCAGCACAUCAACCCCUGCAACAAGUAUACACUAUGUCACUACCUGGCACGGGAAGGGCGCUUAGACAUGCUCACGGUUGCAAUAGAAAGCUUUGAGAAGCUCAAGGAUGGUAAGGAGAAGUGCCAGAGCUGGAUAGACAAGAGGACUGGCUUUGAAGGCCCGGGAGCAGUUCACUUAGCCGCUGCACAUAACCAUAUUGAUGUGCUGGAGCAAUUGCUCGCUGCAGGUGGAAGUGUUGACCUAGAUGAUGAGCAGUAUCGAACGCCAUUGCACCAUGCUGCCGAGUACGGGCGCAGCCAAGUCAUUGACUUCAUCCUUGAACACGCUACUGACUACGGCAGUUCAGCAGCAUAUCUCCUGGCCAAGGAAAAUGCUCAGGAUCAAAUGCCAGUCCAUACCGCUGCCAGGAAUGGACGACUGAUGUCGUUACGAAAGCUGGCCAAUGCCUGCAUCAAAGAAGACGUGGAUUUGGACUCUAAAGAUGAGAAUGGCCGCACAGUGCUGUCCACCGCUUGCGUGAUGGGGCAUCUAGACAUUGUCAAAUGGCUGUUGAACAACGGCGAUAUUGGUAUAAAGAUACGCGAGCAGGUGGAAAUCGGCGACAAUGAAGGGCGGACGGCAUUUUACCUGGCUGCCAUGUAUGGCCAUAUGGAUAUUGUCAAGCAUCUAUCCAGCCAGGGCGCCAAUACACGCACGGUGUGUGAAAAGAGAACAACUCCUCUGAUGGCCGUGUCACAGCAUUGCCCGCCCGAGACCGCCAAGCAGCUCAUCAGCAUACUGCUGCGUGCCGGUGUCAACCCGGCUGCGUCGGACGGCAGCAAUCGCACUGCACUGCACUCGGCCGUGCGAAAUAAUCAAUCGCGCGUCGGCGGAGCGAUUGCAAGAAGACUGCUCAAUUCGGCGAAGACGACACAGGAGAGGCGGCGAAUGUGUGAGACCAAGGACGUCAACGGUUGGUCAGUGCUUCAUCUAGCAGCCAAACGAGGCCACAUUGGGGUGUUGAGUGCUCUGCUGCAACUGAGAGCUGAAAACGAUGUCUCCCAGCUACUAGUGGACAUUGAGAGUGUUACGCAUGAGGGUCAAAACGUUCUGCACCUUGCUGCUCAGUAUGGACGAUCGCGUAUCAUUCGCCGCAUCAUCCGUGUCCUCUCUGGUGACAUGAUUCUGAAGCUGGUGAACAAGCAAGACUCAUCAGGCUUGACCCCGUGCCAUUGGGCAUCCAUUGAAGAUCAUGCCAAUGUCCUGGAACUGCUACUGGAAUCGGGAGCCUCACCAGACAGCAAGGAUCUGAACCGUUGUACUCCACUGCACUACGCUGCGGAGAGGGGAUCAGUGCACAUUGCUCAAGUGCUGCUGCGCUAUGCACCUGGCAUUGUGAAUCUGCAGGAUGUAGAUGAGACGACACCACUGCUGAAUGCCUGCAGCUCUGGUCACGGGAACAUGGUCAAGCUGCUGCUGGCUCACGGGGCGGAGUUCAUCGGCAACAAGGAUGGUCUUUCUCCACUGGACAUUGCUGCCAAGUGCGGCCACACGGAAAUCGUCAAAGAACUGCUAAGCUCCGAGGACUGGAGGUAUUUCCUCAACAACUCCGAGCAGCUUGUGGCGUACACAAUCUUGAAGAAGACUCCCCGUGCCAUGCCGACAUUGCUGGACUGCUUUGCUGUGCCCUAUACAGACGGUGAAGGUAACAAACAGAUUGUGAAUCAUCUCUACUAUCUAUAUUACCAAAAGUGCCCCGAGGAUCUUGUUGAACCGCUGACUGAGGAGCAAUUAGCUAGUGAUCCGCAGCACUAUGUCCAGCAGUCCAGAGCCAGCCUCUACCAUGCCAGACAAACUCUCUCCAGUCCUGUAGGGCGACCAGACUCCCUCAGUUCGGGACUUUCUCUUUCGUUUGAUGAUGAUGUCUUGCCCGGACGACCAGAUCGCUCAUACAGUAUGCCAGCUGCACUGCUGCAGUCCAUCCGCACUCAGCAAUCACGGCAGGGAGUUCCAGAUUGGAAGCCUUCGCGCAUGAGUACGCCAAGGCAGAGAAGUAACACUAAUCCGUGCACCGUCACUGCCUCUAACCGUAGCAGCCGAAACAGACCGACGCCAGGCCACACUGGCACAGGCAGUGCUCCUGGGACUUUGCGCAGACAGAGCAAUCCCGCCAGCAAGGCUAGGACUGUAGUGCAAGUCGCUGGUAUGGACACCACUGAUGGUGAUGACGCAACGGACGGUGGCUGGGAUGAAGCCGACUUUGAUAGUCCAGGCACAUCAGCGCAGCAUAGCGCUACACCGACUAGUAACGGGUCGGCGCGGUUGUCAUUGGACUCGAUCUCUGUGUUCAGUAAUGGGUCAGAGAAUGGGCAUGAUGCCCGGCUGGACACUGAUGCUGACAGUGAGGAUGAUGAGAGGACCUCAGCCGUAGAGGACAUUGAAACCGUGUGUUCAUUCGCACUGGACAGUAGUCCGGUGUCAGAGAACGUUAGCGUCAAGUCCAGUACCACGCGCGGAAAGCUCUCCCGUGAACCGUCCAUAGACUGGGACAAUGCAGACACAGCGGACGGUGAUGGUGAUGAAGCAGGUCGAAAGACUCCGGUACCUUUUACCGAGAAUGAUCUCCUUGGCUCAAUAACCUCGCCUAGAACAACAAGAAAAGUGAGUGGCAACGCACGGCGGAAAUUCUCGGUGCUCCGUGAAGACUCCGAUACCGACCCCGAUGAGCGACACACCCUGGACUUAUCCGGAGCGCAAACGGAGUUUUCACGCAUGACGAGCAGACUGUCGAAUCGUCCAUCACCUGCCUCACCGCCCGGCGAAGACGAAGCGGACGGUUCAAGUCGCGAUCUGGGAAUUCCUUCUCAAGCCUCGCAGUAUGCUCGGUAUGGUUCACGCGGCAGUAUCCAUAGUAACUUUGACGGUCCAGGCGGGUCGACUGGAAUGAGGUACGCGAGUGAAAAGGCUGAGAUCAGUGCCACCGAUGCACUGAUCAAGUACUGGAAACAUGAUCGUUCGUGCUGUGGCAAUGAGCCGACACUGAUUGAGGCAAUCAUCGAAUGCAAUCGUCAUGAGCUCUUGUUACAUCCUACCAUCAAGGAGUGGGCGGACUGUAAAUGGCAAGGCUAUGUGAAGAUGAUGAACUACUGGUACUUUGCCCUGUGCAUCGUCUUCCUGGCUCUGCUACUGGCGUUUGUCACAGUCAACAAGCAACCACUGCAAGACACUGACGAAGGAGACAACAACAAUGUCAGCAUGGGCGUCGAAAACGGCACAUGCUUCAAGAAUGCCUGCAACAGCUCCACGUUCACAGCAUUUCCUUUGUCUAAUGGCGCUGGGUUUACUGGUCUACGCACCAGUCUGCUGACGAUGUGUGCACUGCUGAUUGUUGGUGAGAUCGCACAGAUGAUCAGAAUGCGCAAGCGCUACUUCCACUAUGCCAGUAACUAUCUGCAGUGGGCCAUUGUGAUACCCAGUGUGGUGUUUGUAGCACCGCUCACCUACACGCAGCCUCAUCCCCUGCAGUGGAUGGCGGGUAGCGUGGCAGUCUUCCUCUCCUGGGUCAACAUCAUACUGUGUGUGCAGUGGUCUACCCCACUUGGUAUAUACGUGUCCAUGUUCUAUCAUAUACUCAAAUCUGCACUUCGGGCCCUUAUCCUGGUGGUGCUAUUUGUGUUUGCGUUCGGCUUCACCUUCUACAUCCUACUGUCAGAUAAGGAUGCCUUCUCUAGUGUGGGCCAGUCUCUGAUGAAGACGGUUGGCAUGACGGUGGGUGAGAUUGAGCUGGCAGAGACGUUCCUGACAGCUACGGACUCAUCCAGCGCAGAGCACUUCGACGAGUAUAGUGAAUCUCACAAGAUACUCAAGUACAUCGUUGUGCUGCUCUUCAUUCUCAUCCUACCCACCAUCACUCAGAACUUACUAAUUGGCAUGGCAGCAGGAGAAGCAGCCGACGUCAAACGCAAUGCUGUCCUUCAACUGGCCACAUAUCAAGUGGAAACAAUCUUGGAAUGGGAAUAUAGCUUGCCAGAGAGCUUCGUGACACGAAUGGCAAAUUUUCCAGUGACUAAGAAGACUGCAGAGGACAACAAGAGCUGGAAAGCUUGGGUGGUGAAGUUUAUGACUGGCGUUAACUCAGCGGAGGAAGUGGAGCAGUCCGGAUCGCCAGAGGUGAACGACGUUCUCGAUCGAGUAGAUCAGCUCACCGACUUGUCACAGGCCAUGAUGGCCCGGCUUGAGUCACAGCAAUUAUUAUUGGAUAACCAGUCACAGCGGCUAGACCGUCUGCUGCAUCGACAGCGUAAGCACUACCGACACUUCAAGGGCAACCCGAACGAGCGUAGCCUGGAUAUUUGAUGAACUACUGUACAAGUUCAAAGUUUCGUUUUGGAAUUAACUUUCGCUAUGUUCGUUAGGGGGCACGAAAUAACUAAAGUUUGUACCAAAUUUAAGUCUUUUCUGAACUCUCGGGGUGACAGACCUCGACCAAAACAAAAUUUAGUACAUAACGAACCUGCUGGUGGAGUGAUCUAAGGAAAGAUUUCGUGAGCGAAAUUUGUACUUAUGUGGUACUUGAGUCUCGUAUUGAACUUGAUGUGUGACGAUGCAUUGCCGCUGUAUACCUUUAAAACUGCAAAGCACACCUCAUUAUCGUUAUGCAAAAGUCAGCAGAUAUAAUUAUGUAUAUUUAGACUCGGGUGGAGAGCCAAGGAUUCUCAUGUAUGUGUUAUGUAUAUUUUUGAAGGUGUCCCACAAUCUUCUCACACAAUGUCUUUACCUGAAAAUGUGCGUCAUGCUAUUUACGCUUUUUGACUGAAAUAUGGAGAUUGUACUUUUAAAAAAAGUGUAUUCCUGAGAUGCACUGCCA